CGUUUCCAUGCUGAGCGAGCUAGCCGAACCGUACUUGCUUGGCUAUGAUUCCUUGCCUGUUCGCUGACAAGGGUGCCCGAAGUGAAGUGGACCGAGCUGAAGAUUUAAGCUGAGGAGCAGGUUUUGGAUUUUUUUUUCUGGGAAAUACAAAGGAGCUAGAAUUCCAUCAUGAGUUCCACGAAGAAGAUGAUACAACAGGGGUCGCAAUAUGACCAGCUCCUGAGACAAUGCAGGAGCAGCGGCACUCUGUUUGAGGACCCCUACUUUCCUGCAGUUGAUGAAAGUAUUUUCUACACUCAGAAACCGCCAAGGCCAUUUGUAUGGAAGCGACCUAGGGACAUUUGUGCGAAUCCUCAGCUUUUCGUAGGUGGCACCAGUCGAUUUGACGUUGAACAGGGACAGCUAGGUGACUGUUGGUUUCUGGCUGCUACAGCUGGUCUGUCUCUGGAUGAUUAUCUCCUCCAGAAGGUGAUUCCCCCUGACCAGAACUUCAAUCUGGGAAUCGUCAAGUUCAACUUCUGGUACUAUGGCAAAUGGAUUACCAUUGUCGUUGAUGACAGGCUACCCACAUACAAUGACAAACUCGUCUUUGUGCACUCCAAGGAUCAAAAUGAGUUCUGGAGUGCCCUCCUGGAGAAGGCUUAUGCCAAGCUCCAUGGCUCCUACGAAUGCUUGAAGGGUGGCAACGUUAUCGAGGCCAUGGAAGACUUCACAGGUGGAGUCUCUGAAUCCAUUGAGCUGAAACAGAACCCACCCAAGAAUCUCUUCCGUGUUCUGAAAAUAGCGUAUGACAGAGAUUCGCAGUUGGGCUGCUCCAUCAAUGCUAAACCAGGAGAAACAGAGGCCAAGGUAGGGCUUGGACUGAUUGCUGGACAUGCCUACACCAUCACAGACGUUCAAAAGGCAAAAUUUUCUUCAGGUAGGGAGGUGAAGUUGAUCAGGAUUCGCAACCCAUGGGGUCAGGGCGAAUGGGAAGGAGCUUGGAGUGAUGGAUCCAAUGAGUGGAGAAAUGUAUCUCAACAGGAACGUACUAGGCUUGGACUGGUCUCCAAUGAUGAUGGGGAAUUCUGGAUGGAAUUCAGUGACUUUAUGAGGUAUUAUGAUAGGGUUGACAUAUGUCACCUGGGUGCAGACACCAUGACUGGCAAGAAAAAGAAGAAGUGGCAAGUUACCUCACAUGACGGCAAAUGGCAAAGAGGAUGCACAGCUGGAGGAUGCCGUAACUUUCCCGACACAUUCUGGAUCAAUCCUCAGAUUGAACUCGUUUUGGAGGAGGAAGAUGACGACGAUGAUUUUGGAGAUGGAGAGGAAGAUCCCGUACAAAAGGGGAAAGGUUCUACCUUCCUCGUCGCCCUCAUGCAGAAGAACAGACGAGAGAUGCGUAAGAUGGGUGUUGACAACCUCACCUGUGGUUUUGCAAUUUACCAGGUUGAUGGCUCCUUUAAUGCCUCAGUUGGACUCCCGAAGGACCACUUCCUGUACAAUGCAUCUACAGCUCGAUCACCAACAUUCACCAACACUCGUGAGGUAAGCGGAAGAUUCAAACUCCCACCAGGACGCUAUGUGAUCCUUCCUUCGACCUUUGAACCCAACCAAGAAGGCGACUUCCUCUUGCGUAUCUUUUCCAUGAAGGUGGCUAAAGGAGUGACCGUUAACCAACAGUCUAGCAUGGAUAUCAAACCUCAGCAGAAUGUAAAGGCAGCCUCGGAUCCAUAUGUUGCUCCCAGUGCCCCCGUCAAGCCACUUCCAGCUCAGGAUGAGGCGCAGACUGCCAAAUUCCGAGAGUUCUUCAAGAAGCUCACAGGGGAUGAUAUGGAAGUGGACGCCUGGGAACUGCAGGAGAUCUUAAACGCAGCCCUCAAACGAGAUCUCCGAGGGGAAGAUGACGAGCUUCAGGGCGGUGGAUUCAGCCUGGAAUCUUGCAAGAGUAUGGUUGCUCUUACCGAUGAUGAUCGAUCUGGCAAACUUGGAUUUGAAGAGUUCAGGGAACUUUGGCAGAACAUCAGUGUUUGGAAGGCUGUUUUUAAGAAGUAUGAUACUGACAACUCUGGAACAUUCAAUGGAUAUGAAUUGAGGAGUGCACUCACAUCGCUUGGAUUCAAACUGAGCAACGAAACUUUCAGUGCUCUGAUUUUGCGUUAUGCUGAUAAGAGGGGUAUGAUUACAUUUGACUCCUUCAUCGGUGCUGCCAUCAAGCUCAAGUAUAUGUUCACAUCCUAUUCAAGCUCUCGUGGCAAUUUUGGAUUAGAUGAGUUCCUGAUGUUGAGUCUCUACUCUUAGACCAGAUGAGGAUUAGGAGGAGUGAGCUUGGAUGGAGACAAAUUAUUAUCAGGGUCAAAGGUCAUCAUGGUCAUUACAGACCGAGUCAUGUCUCUCACACAUUGGGGAUAAUACAUCAUGUUUUAUAAAAGUCAAAAGGAAACUCUUUAUAUCGAUAGCAAAGCCAAUGUUUUUCAUAUGUAAUAUGAUUAUAUUGAUUAUAAUGCAAUUAAUUAUUAGGUCACAGAAAGGAGUGUAGCUUAUCUAAUAGAAUAUGAAUAGACAUAGAAUUUGUCUAGCUAUCACAAAAAUUUCUAAAAAUGUAUUUAUGUGUCUUAUUACCCACAUGUGUAGGUGAUUUAUCUGGUGUAAUACCAUUGAAUUUCAGUGAA